GUUGUCACGAGCUGAUGAUAUAAAGUAACCACGUGUCUCCUCAUCCUCCAUAUCCGGAAACGUUAACGUAGGAGAACAGUUCGUCUGUUCAGGUGAUAGUUAAGUCGUUCAGGUAACGUAAAGUGGGACAGUUCGCCUACAUGUCCGCGUCUCUCUGAUGCAAUGCACCCAACAAGUUGCUCUUCAGGAAAACUGCAUCCUCCCUCGCUCCUCCUCGUCCAUGCACUGUUGGAGAAGCUCAUGGUUCCUGGGAACAGCUGACAGAGAAUACACCUAUAGCACAAACACGUGAACAGGGAAAAGAUGAUCUGGAUCCUUCUGCUCGCCGGCCUGACCUCCUCCAUCUGUGGGGCGUUUGUUGUGAAAAGGACCUUCUAUCAGGCAGAGGAGGACGAUAACAUCACCAUCAGAUGGGACAGUCGCACCAAAACGGACAUGUCUUCCACCAACCUGGUUUGUUUUCUCCAGUCAGAGCCUCUGAAGCGUUUGUACGAACUUGUUAACAGCGUUGAGGUCCCAGAGUCUCAGCACCAGCAGUUUGCAGGACGGGUGCAGUGUGACAAAGACGCCCUCAGAGAAGGACGAAUCAGACUUCAUCUGUCCAGAGUCACGACUGAUGAUUCUGGACAUUACUGGUGUGAUCUGGCUGCUAAUUAUGACAAGAUCAUGAGACGAUGGGUGCUAGAGACCACUGAACGUUUUGUAUUGAACGUGGCCCAGACCAAUGAUGGAGAGAACAGUGACACACCAAAGCCUGAACUGGCACCUACUAAAGGUAGGUCAACAUGGUGCAGAACAUCCAUCAGGAAGCCCAGAAUGGAAAGCUCCAGUAUCACUGGUAGCUGUAGUUUUUGUAGCUCUAGUUUGGGCAAAUUGGACACAUCUGGCAGAAUGUGUUUGUGGAGAUCAACAACGAAAACAUCAAGACCAGGAUGGAUGCUACAUCGAGCUCCCGAUUGAGUUCGAGAACAAGGAGGAGUUAUUUACCAAGUGAGCUGAUUCAACUGGACUUACGUCCCCAUCCUAAACUGCUGCAGUGAGUGGACAUUUGGCAGCACGGACAGUCUUCUGUCUGUCGAUUGCUGCUACGAUAGUUUGGUUUCUUAGUGGUUGUAAAUACUUUCACCCCUAAUUCCAUUUUCCUCCUAAGUGACGUGUUCUGUCUGUCUAUCAAGUUCCUCCGCUCCAUUUCACUACUAUUGACAGCGCCACACCUAUAAUCGCAACAAUAAUACAGAAUCACCUUGAAAUAUUUGCCUAACUACUUAUAAAAUGUGAUGUACAUACAAGUCAAUUAAGUUACUGCAAGUCUCUGCAAGUUGAUUCUCAUACUGCACUGAAACAAGCUUGUGCUCCAUACUAGCACUUCUGAACGUUUUAGCCAAGUUACUAUUAAUCACACAUAUUUUAUUGCUUAUUAUUAUUAUUAUUAUUAUUAUUUUAUUUUAUUAAGUAUGCUGUAAUUGUAUAGACAUGAUUUUUUACAUAUUCUACUGUAUUUAUUUCAUAUAUUUAAUACAGAAUAUUUUAAGUACUUUAGGGCAUUUGUAUGCCUGUAUUACAGACAGUAGAGAGGUUAAAGGAAAUGAGAGAGCUGCAACCUGACUCCAAUAGGGGGUGUUUGGGGUUUGUGGUUGGUGUCUUAAACCCUAAACUAAGAGAAUACCCCAGGAUAUUUUUUAUAAAAGCGAUUUACUUCCUUCCAUGCAGCUGCUUGAAAUUUGAGACUGUGCACCACAGUUCCAGCCCCCACCUCUGACCAUGAUAUUUGGGUGUUCCCUGUAAACCUGGUUCUGUCCAAGGUUUUGGCCUCUUAAAGGAAGUUUUUCCUUGCCACUGUCGCCAAAUGCUUGCUCAUGGUGAGAUUUGUUGGGUCUCUGUAAUUAAUACUAUAAAGAGUACAGUCUAGACCUGCUCUAUAGGAAAAGCGCAUUGAUAUCUUCUGUUAUGAAUUGGCGCUAUAUAAAUAAAAUUGAAUUGUAAACAGGGUUGCAACACAAAAAAUUGUGACGAUUGAUGUUGAUGGGCUGUCAGAUUUGUUGAAAUCCACAGGGGGCACAAACCUGCAGGGCUUAGCUGCAGAACCCUUAAAUUCCUCAUCUGAAGCUUUCAUUUACUUUGUGUGUGUAUUAUUUUUGUUAUUUCUGCUUUUUAAAUUGUCUCUAAAACUACAGUAAAUGUUUUUAGUAUUCUGCAAAGCACUUUUUAACUCUGUGAAGCACUUAGUAACUUUGCUUUCAAACAUAAAAUAUCACACUAUUCUAUAUUUUUAUUUAUUCUACAAUAUGAAAGAAUAGUAUGCCUUACUAUGUUACUGUUUUAAGUUUUGAAACAUGGAUGGAUUGUGUUUUUAUCAGUGCGUUUUAUCACAAUCCCUCUUUUUUUUUUUUUUUUUUUUUUUUUGUCAAACUCAUGACAUUCCCAUCGUCAUUAGAAGCUCAUCUCGGUCAAACAUAUGGUUUAUGGCUGUGAGGUUUCUCUGCUACCUUUACACUUGCAUGCUGCCAUAGCAAUCUAUGCUGACAGUCCCAUGGGAAGAGAGGACGGAAGAAACCUUUUGAGCAAAAGCUCUCAAAAUACACUGGUAGAGGAAUGCACUGACAACAGAUGGAAGGUGAAGUGCCUACUAGUGGAAGUUGGGGCAAGAGGUUUUCCAGGCCAAUCACGAUGGAGGGCACCUCAUAUUCUUGAGAGUUAAAGGAGCACAAACGAAGGAAGAAGAUCUGACAUGGCUGGAGGCUGAGACAGUAUUGUUGUGGCUGACGAUAGAGGAGCAGUGGUUAAGCUAAUCUGGCUCAGAUCGGGCCUGAUAACCCGAGUGGAGCACCUUUGGAGAGUGUAGUGAGAAGCUCCAAAACACUCUAGAGGUACCUCAUCUGAGAAUGAGCCAGGAGCAGCCUGACUGUAUAUAGGUAAAAACUACAGUGGGAUAUUCUUAUUGUGAGAGUAGAACAUGUCUGCAGCACCCUUUUUGUUGGAGGUUAUCCCAGUAAUUGGCCACCAGCUGUUUCGACAUAACCCCAAUGACAUAACCCCUGCUUCGUCUUGGAGUGCAGUCUUAGAGCCCGGGCUUGCAUAACAUCCAGGUCUGCUAGCAUAGAUUUUGCUGCUGAUCCGUAUACGAUACUUCCGUCUUGAUCUUAUUAAGGCUACAUAAAUAUAUUUCAGAGAUGCAACAUCAGAUCCCCAUUCCAAUCCUUAUCAUUUUCUUAACUAUGUGUUCAACAUUUCUCCCUCUUUUCCACACAGCCCUGUCAUCUGCAAACAGUGUUCUUCCCAUAUCCAUUGGAAUAUUUACAAACAUAUCAUUUAUCAUAAUGGAAAAUAAAGUUGGACUUACUACACUUC